CUCGAGGGUCCCGGGAGGGGGGCGUCGCGCGUCGCGAAGCCAGGGGUCCUGGUGUCGGGAUGUCGGGACACUGAGGGCCCUUCGGCUCUUCCACCGCGGGGGUGUGGAGGUUCAGGGUCUGCAAGGUGCUCGAUGUCCGCGACCCUCUUACAGGGGGCAGCCCGCGUCUGAGCCGGGGGAGGGUCGGGCGGGGUCGCACUGGGUUCCGGGGCGGCGUUUCUGAGCCAGCGCAGUCAGCCAGCGCCGGUGACAUCACCGACCACCCUCCCCCGCCGGAGCCCCCUCCCCUCUCCUCCCCUCCUCUCCUCGCCGCGCCUUUUGUCCCAGCCGAGCUCUGCCCCGCCCCGCCCCGCCCAUCUGCGAGGGAGGAGACUCCCUGUCAGUGACUUCAUUGAGUAGAUUCUUGGGGAUUGGGGUCUGGUCCUCCCCGGGGAGAGAGGCGAGAAGAACACGCUGCCUCUCAGGCCCUCACAGACAAUCACACCUGUCAGAGGUACACGCUGCCACUCACAAGCACACACUCUUCGCACUGCCAGCCUUACUGUCACACAGCCAUACUGCCAUUCACAAUCAGCCAGACAUCGCUGCACCUGAGAGCAGGUGACCGCUGGACCCUAUUCCUUCACUCUCCACACCUGGGGAUCAGGUCCAGCUCCUGCUGCACCGGACAGGCCUUGCUGGGCAAGUGCCUCUGAGAACCCGAGGAGGCGGCUUCCAGAGCUGCAGCUCUCCAAGCAGGCUCCGGUGGAGCGAUCAGAGGUGAGGGGCUGGGCUGGGCAUGUUUAAGCGCACAGUGCUCUCCUGCCCAUCCCCAGCAGCACCCCCACUACAGGCCCGAGGCGCUUUCCGGAGCUUCCCACACUUCUGGGGAGAAGACUUCUUAGCCAGCUUGAUGUUUAAAAUUCAGCUGGAGCCCUUAAAACUUCGAGCGUGGACGCUGAAUGGGUUUGUAAAGUUUCGAAACAAGGACACCAGUGCCGGUCCAGUGGCUGUGAUGGGAAAGGAUUACUACAAGAUUCUUGGGAUCCCGUCGGGAGCCAAUGAGGAUGAGAUCAAGAAAGCCUAUCGGAAGAUGGCCUUGAAGUACCACCCAGAUAAGAACAAAGAACCCAACGCUGAGGAGAAGUUUAAGGAGAUCGCAGAGGCCUAUGAUGUGCUGAGUGACCCUAAGAAACGGGGCCUGUAUGACCAGUAUGGGGAGGAAGGCCUGAAGAGCGGCGGCGGUUCAUCAGGGGGCUCCAGUGGCUCCUUUCACUACACCUUUCAUGGGGACCCCCACGCCACAUUUGCCUCCUUCUUCGGCGGCUCCAACCCCUUCGAUAUCUUCUUUGCCAGCACUCGCUCCACUCGUCCCUUCAGUGGCUUUGACCCAGAUGACAUGGACGUGGAUGAAGAUGAGGACCCAUUUGGCUCCUUUGGCCGCUUUGGGUUCAAUGGGCUGAGUAGGGGUCCAAGGCGAGCCCCAGAACCACUGUACUCUCGGCGCAAGGUGCAGGACCCACCUGUGGUGCAUGAGCUGAGGGUGUCCCUGGAGGAAAUCUACCACGGCUCCACCAAACGCAUGAAGAUCACAAGGCGGCGCCUCAACCCUGACGGGCGAACUGUACGCACCGAGGACAAGAUCCUGCACAUUGUCAUCAAGCGUGGCUGGAAGGAAGGCACCAAGAUCACCUUCCCCAAAGAGGGCGAUGCCACACCUGACAACAUCCCCGCUGACAUCGUCUUUGUGCUCAAAGACAAGCCCCAUGCACACUUCCGCCGAGAUGGCACCAACGUGCUCUACAGUGCCCUGAUCAGCCUCAAGGAGGCACUGUGUGGCUGUACCGUGAACAUUCCCACCAUUGAUGGCCGAGUGAUCCCUUUGCCCUGCAAUGAUGUCAUCAAGCCAGGCACCGUGAAGAGACUCCGUGGGGAGGGCCUUCCCUUCCCCAAGGUGCCCACCCAGCGGGGAGACCUCAUUGUCGAGUUCAAAGUUCGCUUCCCAGAUAGAUUAACACCACAGACAAGACAGAUCCUUAAGCAGCACUUACCAUGCUCCUAGGCCCUGCCCCAGCCAGCCCAGAGCCUUCCACAGCAAUAGCCCCACACUCACCCCACCCAUUGUGCACCCAGCUUGAUGUCCACUGGACACUAGCAACUCUUUCUAAAUGCAAAAAACAAAACAAACAAAAAAAACUCACUGGUUUUCAGGGAAAAUGUUCCUGUCCCUGACCCCUUUCAGAGCUGGGCUGCCUUGGGGGAGUGGGAGGGAGGUGGGGAGAGCUAGCCCAGGCCAGGGGUUAAUUUUCAUGUCACAAGCUUUGAAUCCAGUUCCCACUCCAGUGGCUGGAGAGUGACCUGAGUGCUACUUGAAGAUAUAGAGAUUCCUUGUCCACGCCUGUAAAUAGCAUGUCCUCCUUCCCCUCUCAGCUUUGCUAAUACCUCUCCUUUCCCUUCCCUUCAGCUUCCUCCUACUGGGGGAGGAAGAGGAUAAAAAGGACACUGCUUUCCCACCCCAGUCCCACCCCCAAGUCCACAGUGUCCAAGGCUAUCACACACAUAUUCAUGCACACAAAGCACACACCUAGAGCUGUGUGUGCCUCUCCAGGGUUGAGAUAGGAAGGGAAGGUCCAUAACCCAUGAACCGGGCCAUUGAGCACGAGACACUUUUCAUUUGGGAAAGGGAGGUGAAGGGGCCCUCAGCAGCCUCCCUGACAGCUCCCCUGCCCAGACUCUGCAGAGCUGGAAGUACUGUCCUCCCUGCUGCUCUUAAGAGUGUGCAAGGGUAGAAGAAGGGGAGGGGGCUGCUGUAUUAAGUCUAAGAGGUGGAGGGCAGGGUCUGUCUCCUAGCCUUCAUCAGGAAGGGAAAGGGCUUUGGGUCAGGUGGCAGCUAUUCCCCACCAAGAGAUUCAGGGUCACAGGUUUCUCCCCACACCUCUGAACUCAGGGCCUAGCCACCCCUAAACUCCCAAAUCCCAUUUCUGUGAUAUAUGAAGCUACUUAUUUCUUACCCUUCAUGAAGGCUGCGGGGGAAUUUCUAGCCCUCUGACGCCUGUGUGACCCCACCUCACUCCCAUAAUUGUGUAAAGAUCAAAUAGUGAAGGAGCUAGGGUAAGACUGCUUCAGCCAUGUUCUGGGGUGGGGUUUUUAGGCUUUCUCACUUUGACAAGCCCCUGAAUGUUUUUAUAGUAGUUUUUUUGUAUUUUUUUGUAAUGACAGUAUUAUGGAAAAAAUAAAGUAUUUUAAAACUACGGAA